AUGUUGGCUGAGAUCAUGUUUCUCAUGGUGCUAUUGCAGGUGAUGACGUUGUGCUGUGUUUUGACACGGCAAGAUCGUCGCCGCCGGAAUCUUCCUCUAUUGAGUUUGGAAGAUGAGCCCCAGAUCCAUGAACGCCAUUCGACAGCUGCCAUGCCUAAUGUGCCGAAGACAAUGCCCGAUGAGCUGCAGUCAAGGCGUAGCACCAAGACCGAGGAGGUCUACAUGUGCAGUGCAUGUUUUGGCCGAGAUCUUUUGAGCGUCAACAAAUAUGGCAUGAAGAUGGGCAUUCAGAAUCAUGCUGCACUUGGCAGUCUCCGGGAGGAACAGCUGGAGUGCAUCCAAGACGGGCUGGUGGACAUCAGUGAAGGCUUCGUUCGUGCCUUAACGACCUGUGAGUACGCGAAGAGCUGGAAACGAGUGAUCUACUUGUUGAAAGACAUGAAAGAGAGGAAGAUCAAGGUGGAACCUGCCAGGUUCCGCUCAGCCUUUUGGAAUGGCAUCUUGACCGCGGAAAUGGAGCAAGAUGUCGAGGAGGCCUUCGACCUCUUUCAGCAAAUGAAAGAGAACAAACUCUACGUGGAGGAUUUCAUGUACGAGAAAGUGAUCCGGAUCCUGGAGCGAGGUGGCCAGCUCGCGCGGGCCACUGCUGUGGACCAAGAAUUUCGAGACAUGCAGAUGGGCCAGUACAACAAGGAGCUCAAGAUUCAUCGAUCGCGCAACGAGUGGCAGGAGGCCAUUGGUGUGCUGGAUGCCAUCCGGGCAGACGGCCUCACGCCAACGCUGAACGUCACCAACAGCGCGAUGAGUGCGCUGCAGAAGCCCGGGAAGUGGGAGCUGGUCCUGACGCUCAUGUCAGAGAUGCGCUGGGAGGGGAACCUACCGGACUUUUGUUCCCACACCGUGGCUAUCUCAGCCAUGCUUUCAGCGGGCGAGCUUGCGAGAGCGGUGAAGCACCUUGAAGAGAUGCAGCAACAAGGCAUCGAGCCGACAGCCUUGACCUACGGCCGGGUGAUCUUUGCCUUGGAGGCCAAUGGGCAUCCAGAGAUGGCCUUGCACCUGUGGGACCAGAUGCGGCGCAAGGAGAUCGAGCCAGAUCGGGUGGGCUAUGAAGCGGCCAUCCGUGCCUGCCAUCGCUGCGAGUAUUGGGAAGCCGUGUUGGAGCUCUUCGGUGAGAUGCAGGAGAAGGACAAGUUCGCGUCCAAGGUCUCCCGGCAGAGUGCCGCAGUGGCCGCCGAGCGCUUGGGCCUGGCCAGCAGUGUCACGGAAGGUGCCACCUUGACCGCCUGA